AUGACAAUCUUUCUCUUCAACGGGUUUCUUCUACUGGGCUUCGUCGUAGCCUCAGUACCGAAUGUUUUCGUGAAUUCAUCGAAAUACGCGAAUAUAAUGGACCAGAAUCCGCUUCCGAAUACGUGCCGCUACAUCACAUCUAAUUCGGUAUUGGAAGCGCGAUGUUUCCAAUUGAGAUCGCACGAAAUCCCGUUAGAUUUGAAUCCGGACAUACAAGUGCUGAAUAUAACCAAAAAUAUGCUGGAAAUAUUGAAUAACGACAGUCUGCAUCCAUACAAGAAACUGGAAUUCAUCUAUCUACGUCACAAUUUCAUCUUUAUAAUCAAAGAGGCAGCUUUUGCCAAUCAGCCUUACCUGCAGGUGCUGGAUCUCAGGAACAACUUUUGCAAAGUUCUGCCUACAAGUCUUUUCCAAUUACCGUAUUUUCAUACGCUCUAUCUCGACUCCAACCAGCUCUACGAUUCCAUGUUAAAAGUGAAUGUCACCUCGCCUCUCAGAAUACUGCAGCUGUCCAAUAACAGACUAAACGUGAUCCCGAACAUAGGACUCCAGCCGACUCUCCUUAAUCUGAAUCUGGCCGACAACGAAAUCACCUCGAUCAGCACCGAGGAUCUGGCGCCGUUCUGCUCGCUAAAUGAUCUCGAUCUGACCUGGAGUAAUAUCAGAUUCAACGCGCGCAGCUGCGAUUGUCAGACGUUUAACGCCUGGGUGAAGCUGCGUCAGAUCAAAAUGAAGCCCAAACUUUACAAAUGCCCCUAUUCAUCGGCUCUAAACAAGACCUGCGCCAACGUGAGUUUCAGCAAUCGGACGUACGAGCUGUUUAACGAGUGUUUGGCCAUGAUGCAGCAGAUGAUAGAGGAGGACAUACAGCAGAAGAUGGAAAUGGAUAUACAGCAGAAGAUAAAGCCCGAAAAAUCUCGAUCGGUUUGGUUAAUCUUUGUCUCGUGUGUUUUGGUAUGCCUCUUCAUCGUCUUUGUGACGUUGUUUUGCGUGUACAAUUGGAAUUGUAGACAGUGCAGGAAACAGCAGGAGCAGCUAACGAUGAUCUACAACAAUACCGAGCUGAACACCGAGCUGCUCCAACAGCAAUCUGACGAUAAUUAGUCAAAUAAUGGCUAAUAGAACAUAGAGUUCUGUAAAAAGGGCUGUUUCUGGCGUCGACAAUAUGCAAGAGUAGAAUUUUACAUGAGAAGGGCGGGAUGAAAGUGUAAACGAGGCCUUAUCAGAAAUGAUCGAUCGAAAAGACGUCGAAUCGAUAUUGAUCCGACCAAUUCGACUUUGAUUCGACAUCAAUACGACGUCGAUUUAACUAUCAUUUCUGGUCAAAAGUUAUUUGAGAAAUUAACGAUGUUUUUGCUAUAAGCAAGAGAAAGAAAGAGCGAGAACUGUUGGUGUUUGUUGAAAGAAUUAAAUCAACAGUAAAUUCACAGAGAAUUUAAUUAAAUAUAU